GCAGCCACUCAGCAGCAGGUUAGUGAUAGGAGGAGGAGAAAGAAGUAAGGAGAGGGAGGAAUUGGAACGAGGGAAACCGUGUGGCUUCAGUUUGAAGCGACACAAACACAUGCAGGGAGGUGGAGAACCGGAGAAGAGAGAAGAUUUCCCCUCCUCACCUCGCUGACCCAUGAAAGAAGCAAUGCCGGUUCUCACAGCUGGAACAGGGCUGCAUGAAACACUGGCCCUGCUGACCUCUCAGCUGCGCCCCGAUGCCAACCAUAAAGAAGACAUGGUCUUCCUCAAAGACGUUUUCAGUGAGAGGAGUUUGGGAUACCUCAUGAAGAUACACGAGAAGCUGAGACAGUAUGAGAGACAAAGCCCCACACCGGUCCUCCACAGCGCCUCCUCUCUGGCUGAAGAUGUGGCAGAAGAGCUACAAACUGGACCAAUGAGCACAGAGGAGAAGGAACUGCUGCACCUGCUGAUGUCACCACAUCUGAAGGCUGUCCUCUCAGUGCAUGACACUGUGGCACAGAAGAACUUUGACCCAGUGCUGCCUCCGCUUCCUGACGACUUUGAGGAAGAGCUGGAUGAGGAAUCUGUGAAGAUUGUCAGACUGGUGAAGAACAAGGAACCUCUGGGAGCAACGAUCAGACGAGAUGAAAUGACAGGAGCAGUGAUUGUGGCGCGGAUAAUGAGAGGAGGAGCUGCAGAUCGAAGCGGCUUAGUCCAUGUAGGGGAUGAACUCAGGGAAGUUAAUGGAGUUUCUGUGAUCCACAAGAGGCCUGAUGAGAUCAGUCAGCUGCUGUCCCAGUCCCAGGGCUCCAUCACUCUCAAGAUAAUCCCAGCCAUCAAAGAGGAGGACAGACUGAGGGAGAGCAAGGUAUACGUGAGAGCCUUGUUUGACUACACCCCUCUAGAAGACAAGGCCACACCGUGCCAGGAAGCGGGACUUCCUUUCAAACGGGGAGACAUCCUGCAGGUUGUGACGCAGGAUGACCCCACAUGGUGGCAGGCCAAGCGUGUGGGAGACAGCACCCUGCGGGCCGGACUGAUCCCAUCCAAACAGUUCCAGGAGAGGCGACUGGCCUACAGGAUGAAAAUGGGCACGCUACCCAAUCCCAAAUCCCCUAAAAAGCCCGCCUCUGAAGGAUGUGACAAAGAGGACUGUGACUGUGAAGGCUAUUUCAAUGGGCAGUACAUAGCUGGUUUACGGAGGAGCUUCCGGUUAAGUCGUAAGGACCGGCAGGGAUCAUCUGGAGAGUGCUCUGAGCUUGGGGAGACAGAUUUUCUUACCUAUGAGGAGGUGACCAGCUACCAGCAGAGGCCCAAUGAGAGGCCGCGUCUGGUGGUUUUGAUCGGUUCUCUUGGAGCCCGAAUCAAUGAACUGAAGCAGCGGGUGAUAGCCGAAAACCCCCAUCGAUAUGCUGUAGCAGUUCCACAUACAACCAGACCUAAGAAACCUCAUGAGAAGGAUGGUGUGGAGUAUCACUUUGUCACCAAACAGCACUUUGACGCUGAUGCUUUAAAUAACAAAUUUAUAGAGCAUGGGGAGUACAAGGAGAACCAGUAUGGCACCAGCAUAGAGGCCAUCCGCUCUGUACAAGCCAAGAAUAAGAUGUGUAUAGUUGAUGUGCAGCCUGAGGCUCUGAAGAGACUACGAACUGCAGAGUUCAAGCCAUAUGUUAUAUUUGUCAAACCUCGAAUUCCUGAAAGCCGACUUCGCCGCAGUGCAGCCACCUCACCAGGAGGGGGAGAACACGGCCGUCUUACAGAUGAAGAUAUCCAGGAAAUGCGUCAGUCUGCCAUUCAGAUAGAUCAACAGUAUGGACACAUGGUGGACCGUGUCCUGAUCAAGGAGGACUCAGCCAGCGCUUGUGCUGAACUGCAAGGCAUUUUGGAAAGAUUGGAGCGUGAUUCCUUCUGGGUGCCUCUCAGCUGGGUGCGGACCUAAGUCUAAUACCCGUAAGACCAUCUGAGGAAUCUCAUUCAACUCUUGAACUGGUCUUCAGAGCCAAAACCCCUCCACCCUAAGGCUGCUGGCCAACCCAGAGAGUCUGCUGAACUGCAGCACCACAGAAAGAUGAAGUCAAGGAAAUACCUCAGUUUUGCGGCAGGCUUAACAUUUGAUUGCCUAAGUUCCCAAAGUAAUACAUUUGGCAUGUUAUGCACUUUUAAUUUGAUGUAAUUACUGGCAAUCUUAAUGUGUAUAUUCACAAGCGUUAACACCAAAAUAAGGGUUUGAACCUAACUGAAUCACAGACCAAAAAAAAACAACAGAAAUAGUAAUUCAAGUUUUCCUAAAGACAAAGGAGUCAAAUUAGGUUAUUUUUUUUUUUUUUUAAAUCUGCUUCUAUUGACCUUCUAAAGUUUACAGCUUAAUUCAUUUAACAUUAAUAGGUUCUAAAUUGCAUCUGGCUCCAGGUAAUCUUUUCAGGAAAUGGAAAUAUUUGAAUUUUAGACCUGGGCUAUACUGUAUCUCAAGCAUAUUAUUCCUCAAUCUGUUGCACACUACAGCAAAGUGUCAGCUUUUAGUAGCAUGACUUUUUUUUCUACUGUCUUACAAAACAGCAGCUGCUGUAGGCUUCCAGUUUAUUCCUGCUGCUCAUGCAUCCUGUACAGAAAGACAUUAACGGACAGUUAGCUCCUUAAGUUACAAAUUAAGGAAAUGUCCGAAUGGAAUGCAAGAAUGUUUUCCACUAAACUUGUUUUAGAAAAUGCAUGACAACAGAUUAUUUACUGAUGUAAAAACUGUAAAUGUUACUCCUGGUGUGCCAACGAAAGAUGUCGUAGCACUUCAAUGCAACCUGUUUACCUUUGUCAGUUUGACUGUAAAGCAUUGUGCACAUGUUUGCAGUGUGUGUUAACACAUUACAUUGUCCCUUUUGCAAAUAGGAAUGGAGUUUUGUACAGUUUCUUGAACAUAUCUGUAUUUUUGGCUGAAGAUCAGAUGUUUGAACUGAAGAACUUUUUAUGCACAACAUAGAUGGAGGAUUUUUUUGUAUGUCAAAUAAAAGACAUUGAGGAGAGGAAUGUUUGUAGCAACUAAGAACCUUACUUUGGCAUGCCAGUACUAUAUAAGAACUUGAAAAAUCUGAGUCUACAGAGACAAAUCUGAUCAGGAAUAAAGUCAUUUUGUGUUGAAUGUGAGCAUCAAACACUUUCAAAUCAUCUUCAGUAAUUGUUUUUCUCACAUGCAAUGUUUGAGCUGUGUGAACUCGAUCAAGAAUGUUGACUUUGUAACCAUCAUGUACAAAGUGCCAUAAUAAAAGGAGGCUGAUUCAAACUUUAA